CAACCAUUCAUAGCUAGCAAGCAUCGCACUUGUCUCUGUCCACCCAUCCGUCCGUCCGUCCGUCUGUCUGUCUGUCUUCUCCUCCGCUUACGCUCUCUCCCACUUGGCUUCACUCCUUGAUACAUACGCACAUGUGCCCGCCAUUCGACUCGCUACACGCGGCACCAGCCAGCCAGCUAGCCACACAGACAGGCAGACAAGCAGACAGACAGACAGGCAGGACACGUGGUGCAUACUAUACGAUCUGAUCCAUCCCUUCGGUUCGUUCGUGCGAUGGAAUGGAUGGAUGAAUGGAUGGAUGAGACUAAUCAAAACAUUCGAUCUGUCUAUAAAAACACUCUGACUGACGACCGACAAGCUGGCUUAAUUGUGCUGUAUAUGCCAUGCCACACCAACCCGCUCGUCCGUCCGUCCACUCAUCCAGUAUCCACACCAACACGCCACAGGCACCAAACCAGCUGGCCAGCAGGGCACUACACGGGCAUAUAUGGCACCAAUCAAGGCAAUCAAUCAAGGCAACAUAUAUAGGGAGGCACUGCACCGCACACUCAUUUGAUCUGUCUGUCUGUCUGUCACCAUUCCAGGUCAGGCGGCCCCACACACUGAGUGCCUGCGUGGCCAACAGACAGACAGACAGACACACAACACAUCGAUGGACACUUGGGUGGACAGAUGGAUGGAUGGACACCAUGCACACGACUGACUGACACACUGUGCCAGUUGGUCUCAGUGUCAGUCACCUUUAGGCCUCUGUUGGUCUGCGUGUUUCCUGGCAACCCGCUCGAGCACCGCAUAGGCCAUUAUCGACUCGUGGCCGUCACUCCUGACACACACACAUAUACACACACACAUAUGAGGCAGACGGAACACAUAACACGAAACAACAGAAUAUAUAUAUUUAUGUGUGUAUAUGUGUGUGUGUGUACCAGUGGAUGGUGACAGCAUAGUUGCCGGUGGGGUUGAUGCGAUCCGCCACCACAUCGCGCGGGACGCGCCUGCACGGCACACACAUGAUAAAGGGAUGGAUGGAUGGACUGACUUUGUCCUUUACCAUGGCUGCAGUUUGGCCUUGCCGGUGAACUCGUCAAUGCACUCGGCGCACCGACACGCUGCACACAGACAGCAGCCAUCCAUGUGUGUGUGUGUGUGUGUGUGUGAUGUCAAGGUACCGACCGAGUCGCACCGUCCUUGCCGGCACCAGCAGCACGUCCUCACCCGCCACACCUGCAGGAAUGAGCCAAUGGAUGAAUGGAUGGGCGAGCCAGUGACACACGCCACACACGCCACACAACACACAUACACACACACACACACACACAUACAGUCCCCCUCCAAACAUUGAUACCGCUCAUCAGCUCUGAUGCCUCCAGUGCACCAACGUGGCCGUUGGUCGCCCCCUGUCCCUCUCCUGAUGUGCCAUUGUCGGCCACAGCGGGGCCGUUGGACACUGCUGCCGGUGGUGGUGCUGGUGGUGGCGGUGACGCACAAGGGAUGGUGACCUCCAUCAUCAUGUCGUCCGUCAUGCGCACACGGGGCCGACUGCAGUGAUCCAUCCAUCCAUCCAUCCAGCUAUCCAUCCAGCUAUCAUGUGGUGUGGUGUGGCGGCUGUGUGUCCGUCUGUGUGUGUGUACUUGUCAGCGAAUCUGCUCGCUGAAAGGCCUCGUGCGACGGUCUCGGCGAUCUGACGGAAACUCUCCCACACCUGACAGACAGACAGACAGACAAACAGACAGACAGACAAAGAAACAAAUGAAGGGCAAACCGACGGACACACACACACACACCGACCGGAUCGUGGCUAUCGACGGUCAGCACAAAAGGGAACGUUGCAGGGGGGCAUUCCAGCGGCUCAUACGCAUCAUCAUCACCCUCACGACGCUGCUGCGUGUGGGUGGCCUCCUGGGGGACGGUCAGCCGCUGGUCGAUGGGCAGUCGGCACCAGUGUGUGCGGUCGAUGCCGUACUCGUCCUGCAGCCUGGCGAUGGUGUGCGGGGGCCGCUGGAAGAUCUCGUGUCGCGUGUGGCAGGUGCCGCAGGUGAAGUAGCUCAUAUUCUCGACCACCAUCAGGGUGGGGAUCUUCAGCUGAUCGAACACACGCAAACCCUUCUCGACGUCAACCAAACUGCCCACACGUCAACACACCGAGAGGGAAUAUAUAUAUGUGUGUGUGUGUGAGGAUUUCCCUCUUCUUCACUGACCUGAGUUGCUGUGGCGUGGUGACAAUGACGGCCCCGUGCACCCGCACCGACUGCGCCACCGUCAUGUGUAUGUCCCCAGUGCCAGGCGGCAAAUCGAUCACCAGGUAGUCCAGCUCCCCCCAGGCCGUCCCAGUAAUCAUCUGCCGCACCAUCCCCGACGCCAGCGGACCCCUCAGCGCGGCGUAGUCGCCCGGCUUGAUGAACCCAUAGCUCAUGAGCUUCACCCCCCGGUGCUCCAGAGGCACCAUCAGCCCGUCCGGUGUGCCGCGCACACCGUCGCAUUGCAGUGGAAUCAGGUAGCUGAGCGAGGGGCCGUAGACGUCGGCGUCAAUGAUACCGACCUUGGCCUUCAUGUGCUGCAGCGUGUAGGCGAGAUUGACGGCCACGGUGGACUUGCCGACGCCGCCCUUGCAGCUGGCCACGGCAAUGAUGAACGACACCUGACGCAGGCCGGGGGGAAUGCCCUCUGACCCCGGCUGCUGCCGGGAUGAAGAGGCCUUCUGGCUGGUGAUGUCGAUCUGCACACUGCCCGCCGUCACCCACUCCAGUGCCUCCAAGAGAGAGGUGCACACCUGACAACCAUACGGAGGAUGCAUAGAUCUGUCGGUGUGUGUCAGUAUGGUGCUGCCGUCUGCUCACCUGCACGAACUGGUCCUUGACGGGGCAUGCCGGUGUGGUGAGCUCGAGGGUGAAGCUGACAGCGCCCUUUGUGAAGUCGAUUUUGAGGUUUUUGAUGAAUCCCAGUGUGACGAUGUCCUUCUUGAGGUCGGGAUCUAUCACCUUCUUGAGCUCGUGCACCACCUCCUCUCUCAGGCGGUCAUCCCGGGGCUGACCUUCGCCACCGCCAUCCACAAGUGCGUCAUCCAUCC